AUGCCUCUUUCACUAACUAGUCAAUUGCAUCACACAAGUCAUCAGCUCCCAUCACCACUCAUGGCCUCCGAUUCUCCUCUUCAUUGUUCUCAUGUAAGUUCAACCUCCUCCUGUGCUGGAGCUAGCCUCCACGAAGAUGAAACUUUGCAACGUACCAUUCGCAACAGCAGCAGCUUAAUUUCAAACCCCGAGCACACCAGGAAAAAGUUCAGGAACACCAACAAGACUCCCUUUCUAAAUCGUCAUAAGAAGAAGAAUCUUCUCUCCCGAACGAACAGUGGUAGUAGUUGUAGCAAUAACUAUUUCUCGAAUCUUGACCAUCUGACCUCUUUGAACGUGUCCACCACAGAGAAAAACUGCCCAUGCCCUAGCAGCCUUAAUUCAGAAUUAUCGCCUCAACUAGUACGACAUAGAAGCGCUGACCUUGUUCGAUCAUCGUCCUCCUCCUCCUCGUUUUUCGCUGACAAAGAGAGUUGGAGAUUUCAUACCUACGAGAAUGGCAAACUAAAAUCCUCGAACGACUUGAUCUUUCGAAAUUUCAAUCCAUUUAACAGGCAAUAA